AGGAAAAAUUAAUUAAUUUUGAAGAACUAGCUAGCCGAAGAAGAGAACUCGUCGCAGCAAAAGGAAAAAUUAAUUAAUUUUGAAGAACUAGCUAGCCGAAGAAGAGAACUCGUCGCAUAAAAUUGUAUACUAAUUGAGAGACUGAAAAAAAAGAAAAAGAAAACUUGAUGCGGUUGUUCUAAAACUACCAAGGGGCUAUUGUGUUAGAAAAUUUAAGAAACUCCUAGCCUUCAAAAUAUUACAAUUUCGAACAAAUUAAUAACUCUCAAAUGAAUCCAGCAAAUAUGUAUAUACGGCUAAUUGGGUCAUAAAAAUUAGAUUCAGCUGUCUCGAUUUCCUCUGCCCAUGCACUUAUAGAAAGGCCAUAGCGUGUGACCUGAACUGUAAGAUGUAAGCACUUAGAACGUCCGACCCUCCACCAUAACCGUGGACUCUCCCCUUGUUGUCUAUACCAACCGGAGAUUUGGCGAGCCAACCUAUGCAUUUUACUUUGUGAAAAGUUCAUUAAAAGUUUGGGUCCGGAUGGAUACACAGCUCUUAUAUUAGAAGGCAACGAAAUGUCCAACUUAUAGAUCAGUGUAAUUUAAGGCCCAAAUUGGCCCAACUAGAAAGACAUUUUAGUAACUAUGAGCAACAGUAUUCUACCAUGCAUUGGAUUUGUGCUUAUGUGCUGAAUCCACCACUGAUUCAUAAUAUGCUUUGGAUAUAAUUUUAUGUAAAGUUUAGAUGGAUUUCAUGGUCGUCGUUUUAAAGAAAGUUCUACCCCAUGAAGAAGGCUAAGGAGGAAAUAAGUGUCAACUUAUAUCAAUCUUUGUUGAGCAGAUUAUAUCUUGGCUCCUAACGUAAGUCCCUUCAUUUGUCUUCUUUUUCUCUUCUAUCAUUCCCCCCAUUUGUCCGUUUACUAGAGUCAUGUUUGGAGGUUAUGGCUCAUUUCAGCUUGGUGGCGCAUUUGAGAGGAGCGAAACAACAGGGUCUUCAGGGGCAGUUUCUCUUUGUGGGGGUCUAUGGCUCGUCUUGUGCAUGGGGAUGUCCAUUUUGCCAUUCGACUGUAGAGUCGUCCUUUUUCUGCGGCUGGGUGAUGGUGCCGUUCCAUCCUUCCACUCUCUCUCCACCCCUCUUAUUUCGUUUUCUGUGAGUUGUAUUGUAUAUUUCGUCUUUUUUAUUUUGUCUUAUGGUUUAUUAUUGUAACUUGGAGACUUCUUGUCCCCAAUCUGUGUAACUUGAGGACUUCUUGUUCCCAAAUUUGGAUAUACAUUUUCAUUUUAUUGGCUGUAUGUUAGGGCUCUGCAGAAAUCACUCGCUUCGCUAAACUUCCAAUGCAAAUCCUGAUGGGAGGUAGGCCUCCCGGACCACCUGCUUGUCUACAAGUUAAAUGUACAAAUGUUAACACUAGUUUUAUCUUAUUUUGUCAAUAAAUACUUAUGUUGCCAUGAAAGUUCAACAGCAUGCAAGGUACCCACAGAGUCAUGAAAUUUUACAAACUCUUGACUUUUUUUUUUUCUGUAAUUGAACCACUUAAACUGAAUAGAAUGAUGCUUUUGGCUACAUAAGCAGUAUAAAAAAUUUAAAAAAAUUUGGCUACAAAUAUGUGUACCAGCAAGAUGAGGCCCAGAAGUAAGAAGUUAGAUGAUUCUUUUGGCUACAUAAGCAAUACAAAAAUUUAAGGUGCCAAACCACAGAAGACAACUUCCUUAGAAAUUCACACAAUAGGCAAACAGCCAUAUAGAAUAAUGCACAAAAUUUCAUAAAUGGCAGCUAAUAUAAGAAGAAGCUGAUGUUAGUAAAACAGGGUAGUUGCGCUUACAGGAAUCGACAUUAUAAAUGCAUAUAGAUUCAUGUCUGCAAAGUAAAUGACUUGAUGUGGUGCGCCUUUCAAAGGGAUCUGAUACUUUAUAGCAAUGUCAGCGUUAUGCGGUGAAAGAAGUUCAGAGUUACGUGGUGAAAAAAGUUUAAUAUUGGGAGGAAUUUUAAGGUUUGACUGCUACCUCCUCAACUGAACAACAUUUAAAUGUGGAUGAUAGCUAAAAUAUAUCAAAAGCAGAGACAGUUAAGGCGCUCUUUCUCUUUCUCUUUCUCUUUUGCAGUGCAACGUCUCUUUCUCUUUUGCAGUGCAACGUCUCUUUCUCUUUUGCAGUAAACAACGACUUCGAUUCUGUCAUGCCUUGCGAAUGAAUGCGACUUGGCCGACCCCUCACCCUUACAAUGCUAACCACACAAGCAGGAAGGCGCUCAACUUUAUCCUCAACAACCAGAUCGUAGGAAUGGGGUACCAACCGCCAUGUCCCCUCCUAAUUCUGCCUUCUGUUUCUCCUUCCAAAUCAUCAGAACAGCUUCUGGUUUGAUACCACCUUAUCAGAAAUUCAGGAGCAGCACUCACAAGUUCCAAGCGGGCGUUUCUUUCGUCGUUUCCAAUAAAAUUAGUUUAGGAGCCGAUUAUAAAGGUAUUAGGAGUCAAAUCCUCAAUACCACUCCGCUGCCUAACUUCAACAAUGUCUAUCAAAUGUUACAAAGAGAGGUUGCACGAAGACAAGUUAUGCACUCCAAAACUGAAAUUUCUAAAGAAAGCCGUGAAAAAAUGGCGUGCGUCGCUCAAGCCGACUUUGUCAAGGGGGAUCAAAAAAAUCUGAGCACCAACAAACCUCCCAACGCCAACUUCAAUUAUCAGAAAGGAAGAAAUAAAUUUAGAUGCACCCACUGCAAGAGGUCUGGUCACACUCGUGAAAAAUGUUGGGAGCUAGUUGGAAGACCAACAAGAGACAAAGCGACGUCCUCCACCAAUCUUGAUUCAGCCAACUUUGUCACUAAGGACGAUCUUGAGAAAUUUUUUCAAAAGUUCGCAAAGACCAAUUUAAUAUCUUCUCAGCCCGUCAGCAAUUCUGAAGGAUGUGAUAUUUCAGGAUUGUGUGACGAAACAGGAGAUUGGUAGAGGGCAUGAGCAGAAUGGGCUAUACGUGAUGGACGAAAAUUGUUGUAACCUCAUGGUGAAUGAUCAGCAAGACCAACAUUCUCACUACUGGACUUGGCACACCAAACUUGGUCACAUCUUUGAUCAAAGCUUAACUCGUCUUAUUCCAAAUCUUACAGUUGAAAAUAAACUAUGUGAUGCUUAUGAAUUUUCUAAGUCCACGAGAUUACCUUUUCAAUCUUC